CUCUCAGAGUUGGCGGUACUUUGCAUCCUUCUCUCUGCCUGUAUAAAUCAUCAAUGGCGAUCGCCCUUCCCAUCCCAAUGAUCCAAGAACAAAACCCUAUUUCUCUCAAUAACGACAACGACGACUAUGAGUCGCCUCAUUUCUUCCUUUGUUUCUCUAGGGUUUGCCACUCGAAGCCGGACCUCUUGUUUUCGAAUCAAUGCCCUUCGCCGGUACUGUGAUCAUCGUCAAUUUUCAGCUAACAAGCAUCCCGGACCAGUUACACAGUAUAAAAAACUUGUCAAGGAAGGACAACUGCAAUUUGAUCCUUAUCAGGAGAAAGUUGCUUUGGAACUGGAUAAUUUACUAACAAGGUUGAAGCAGUAUGAGAAAGAAAUGGAAGAAUAUCAUGAGAAGCUAGCCAAGUGGGAAGAGAAUCGUGAGAACGAGAGGCGCAGGCUCUUAUUGAAAGAAGCUGAGAGCAAGCAGUACAGGAGUGAAUCAAUAGAAAAAACACACAAUAGAUUCUUGGGCAGAUGGCUUGAUCGGAAAAAACCUGUGAAUGUAGAAUCUGGAGUUGGGAAAUGGGUCUCAUAUCUGAAUCGAGAAAGGAAGUUGGAUUCAGUAGUCGGAAGACGUCCCAGUGUACCCCCAGCUCCUAAAGGAUUAUAUAUCUACGGGAAUGUUGGAAGUGGAAAGACGAUGCUUAUGGAUAUGUUUUAUAGUGCCACCAAAGGAGUUGUUACGCACAGAAGAAGAUUUCACUUUCAUGAGGCUAUGCUAGAGAUAAAUGAGCAUAUGCAUAAGGUUUGGAAGAAUCAAGUACAUGAGAAGUCCAUGCAGUCGAGCCUUGCUAAUUGGAUAAUGAACCUUCCUUUUGAUACUAAAGUUAAGGAAUGGGUAGCGGCCGAAGAAAGUUACAAGGAGGAGAUGCAACUGAAAAAUAUUCUUCCAGCUGUAGCAGAUAAGUUUCUUGUCGAUCAGCGCAGUGACCGAAGAGGAGCUAGCAUUCUAUGUUUUGAUGAAAUCCAGACUGUUGAUGUGUUUGCUAUUGUGGCCUUAUCUGGAAUUAUAAGCAGAUUGCUAAGUACUGGAACUGUUCUUGUUGCCACCAGUAACAGAGCACCAAGUGACUUGAAUCAGGAUGGUAUGCAAUGGGAGAUCUUCCUGAAGCUUCUUGCUAAAUUAGAAGACCACUGUGGAACUGUUUUGAUUGGAAGUGAAACAGAUUACCGUCGUCUAAUAUCACAACAAUCUAUAAACAGGGUGACCUACUUCUACCCUUUGAAUGACAUUGCAAUAAGGAACUUUGAGAACAUGUGGGAUGACAUCAUAGGAAACUUUGGGGGAUUGGUCAAGUCCGAAACCAUCUCAGUAAUGUUUGGCAGAACACUGGAAGUUCCUGAAAGCUGUAAUGGGGUGGCAAGGCUUACAUUUGAAUAUUUAUGUGGUCGUCCGGUCGGGGCCGCAGAUUACAUAGCCGUGGCCAGGAAUUAUCAUACAGUCUUCAUCUCAGACAUCCCCAUGAUGAGUAUGCAGAUUCGUGACAAGGCUCGGAGAUUUAUCAUCCUCAUUGAUGAAUUAUACAACCAUCAUUGUUGCUUAUACUGUUCUGCAGCUUCUUCCAUUGAUGAACUAUUUCAGGGAACCCAAGAGGGAACUCUUUUCGAUUUAGAGAGUUUCCAGUUUGAAACAGAGGCGGAAGGUUCAAAGCUUCGCCGAGAUGUUUUAGCAGAGGGAAAUAUUGGUUCAGGAGGUGCGCCAGCUGGUAUCACUUCCAUGCUUUCAGGAAAAGAGGAAAUGUUUGCUUUUCGUCGAGCUGUCUCGCGUCUCAUAGAAAUGCAAACACCGUUAUACCAGGAAGGAGUACGGCUUUACCAUCCGCUCUUUCAGGCAGACCGUAAUGGUCUUGAGGGCCAUAACAUCACAAACAUUUUGCCAGCGUAGCAACAAUCUUGAAGGUAUUUUUUGUUUUGUGUUUGAUAUAAAUAUACGUCCACAUAGAAAAAAUUGCUGAAUAAUAAUGUUGUAUUCGCGGUGUAAAGUGUAACCAUUCAGGGGUGAUAAUGUUUCGAUCAGCUGAUCCACCCCUAGUGUAGAUUUGGGCAGUUUUCAUAUCAUUUGCAGUUAUACCAUCUCAAAGGGUUGUGUAGUUUAAGUUGGUUAAGCUAAACCUGCUGGCUCGCCCUGGGUCAGAUGCACCUAUGGACCGGACUGGGUCACUGGGUGGGCUGGGUUAGAUAAAUCAGUGGACCGAAUUUCUCUAUGACGAUUGAGGUUUAUGUACAAUAAACUUGUGUCAAUAAAAUGCUUACAUCUCAUCGAACAUUUUGCAUGAAUUUUACUACAAUGCAGAAGGUCCCGUUACUUCAUAAUUGUUGUAUAACCAAACCAAAUGAUUGAAUGAAUUCUAUAUGUUUUUCCACACGUAUUGCUUCUGCUUCUACCCACCUAAAAGGGUAGAGAUAUUGUUUCUGUGAAGACUUCCACCUUACAGAAUUCAUUUUUAAAGUUGAGUACUGUUCUAUCACCCCCCGAGUUCGCACUUGAAACAUAACUUGAACGGAAGUGGAAAAAGAAUACGUGUUGCUUGAUCUUGGUUUGGUUUCACAUCGAUUCAAUUCAAUUGCUUCAAGCUAGCUCUUGCAUUCAAUCGAUGAUUAUUUAUAUAUCGUUUGUUCGGUUAAAUUCUUUUUACCAUAUAACUUAUUUUCCAAACU